CGGCGGUUCCAAUUGCUACUUGCAGCUCCACCGCAAGGUAUUUUCCUCCUCCCGCAAGCCCACCGUGUCUACCACUCACCUAUGCGGGCGGGUGUUUUCCUCUUGUCGGCAUAAAGAGUGAGUACCGAUUGGGUCUGAACACCAAUACGCUACAGAGUCGCACUUUAUUUGCAGUAGUGUGAGCGCGAGCAAAAAAAUAAAAGCUCGCCAGACGUUCAUCAUGUGCCCAUGGAUGAAUCAUGGUGGAAGUGUUGCCAAACUGGAAGAGCAUUACUAUGUUCGGUUUUUUUCGUGCUCGGUCGGACCAUUUAGAUUAUUAAAAACCUCAGCUAUCGGCGCGAAGAGAUUAUUCUGUCCGAAACACUAGUCGGAAAAGCAGUGCGCGUCGGAAAAGUAAUAGUUAAUUUUUUUAAUCGCAUGCAUAGUUAAGUACAAAAAUACAGCAUGCAAGGUUAGAAGAAGUUAGUGGUGCAAAAUUAUUGUAUAAGGUAUUGUUAAACUUUUUGUUAAUUUGUGAGAAGCAGAUUUCGUGCGAAGAAAAUUGUGAAGAAAAAGGUCCUUCUGGUGGGCCUUUUUCUUUUCUAUUACUUCUUGGCGGAGCAAGAGCGCCGUUUUCUUCGACAGGAUCCCCUCGGCCAUUUUCCCGAAAGAGCGCACCGAAAAGUGACCCGACACGCCAGUUUUAGGACAGAAUUGGGGAAAGCGCCCGACACGUGGCUCGCCGGCCGUGUAUUCCAUUGUUCGGCCACUGUGGAGAGCCGAAUCACCACCAUCUUGUCGACCAUUCGCAUAUCCUGCCAAGUUGCCUCGCUCCCCGCCAACUACGCCCCGCCAUUAUCAUCGACCAUUGUCCGGUCGAUCGAGAAACCACACCAACCAAGCAGUUCUCCUACGAAUAUCCUGUGAUCCGAUUGGGACCAUUGGAUUCACGCUGGAACUCGCGGAUUCAGCCUCCAAAGAAACACCAGCCAACUGUCAGUCACCGUCAUCCGCCCGACGGCGGUUUCCAGAAGUGCCUCUAGUGUUAACUGCCCCGACGGCGGCCACCAGGAGCUCGCCCCCCCCCCAAGCGGCGGUUUCCAGAAGUGAUCUGCAGCCUCGACUUUCAUCCCACACCAACGGCGGCCACCAAGAGCUUUCAUCUACGCCCCGCUGUCGGUGGACACGCCAGCGACCAUCAGAAAACCCACCACCACCGCUACCUCCGCCAUUCACCGCCAUUCCAGAACCGGCAAGUACCCCAUUCAUACGUUGUGACGUCACUCAAAAUGCCAUAAUUGGCCAAUAAAUAGCAUGUAAACUAAAUUGAUUUGUAGGUAGCACAUUCCGUUCAAGAUUCAACUGUCCAUUAGAUUUCUCCACCACUUUUUCCCUUUGUUUCGCCAAAUCGGACUCAAAAGGGAGUCAUCAGGCCUCGCCUACUGUGUUUCGGUAAAACAUCUUUUCUUCCGCCAGCUUUUGAGCCCCCCCUAGGUACGGCACUGUUUGGCAAUUCAUUCCACCUUGUCUCAUUGGUGGGCACGUGUCGCGCAACACACGUGCAUGUGUAGCUCCUACUACAGGUGAGUACCUCUGCGAGCGUGUAGUGUUGAGAUCUAAGGUAAACGACCCUGUAAUUGUCACCUUUUCCUAGCCUCGGUGAGCUAGCGGGUAACAAUUUGGCGCCCAACUAAAAUUUAAAAUUUCCUACAUUACCACCCCCUCCAGUAGGGGCAGUAAAACAGUGCCCUGUUUUAGUUUUCACCUUCGUCCUCCAAACGAAGAGUUUGGGUUGGUUGAGAACUGUUGAAUCGUCCGGAAUCGCAAGAUGGACGUGGAAUUUGAUUUACUUUAUCAGAAUUUAUCGCUGCAUCAUCUCGAGCGAGAAGAACUAGAACAUGAACUUCUCAUUCGAGGUCUGCCAUUCACGGAGACAGAAACGCGUGCGGCUUUAAUGAGACGGUUAAAGGACCUUUUCAAGACCGAUUGGAGUGCGAAGAUUGAUAUCGCUCAGUGUGACUUGGUGGUCGACACUGAGAUAAGAAGAAUUGAUUUGAAGGUCAAAGAAAUUCGAGAUUUCCUUACGCACAGAAACAAAUACGAAGGAAUACGAGAGAGUCUCAAAACGCGGCUCGCUCACUAUUUCAAGCGCGCGAAACGGUUAACAGAAAUUACGGAAAAAGAUGAAGAUCUUUCGGAUAUCGACGGUUUGAUUGCGAGUAUUCGGGGAACUUUUAAUAACAAUUUUUCAAUGUACGCACCACUCGGACAACGCGAUAUUAUGGAGAAAUUGAAUCAAUCGAUCUCGAAUCUGAUAAUUAACAAUCAAAACGCGUCGGGUACCGAGCAACAUCAGAACAAAACUUCCACUCCAAAUGAAGAAGAAGUAGAUUUGGCAGAAGCUGCGACGAACUCACGUACGCGUCGGUUAAAUUCGGUAGUAGAUCAAAGAGAGCCAACUAACAUGCCGGAUUUGGGAUCCAAUAUCAUGCCACUGCUUUUUCAACAGUGGGUAAUGCGAGAUCCACAAAUGCGGAACUGGGUUCAGCAGAUGGUGAGAGAUCAAGCUUCCGAGUAUUUUGAAAAUGUAGUCCGGUCGAAUUCGCGUACCGUUCACCAAGAAUCUGUUAAAGUUACGGGAGAUCAGAGAAAAGCGUCGCGUCAACCGACUAAUCGUAUUCGUCGGUCAAUCUCAAGGUCAAGCUCUGAAUCACGAAAGUCCUCUAGUACGGAAGCCGGGUGGUCUUCGGGGGAACCACGGAAUUCUUCGCGCGGUAGCAAACGGUCCCACAAGUCGAGCAAACGGCGACCAGUUUCAGAUUGGAAGCUGAAAUACGACGGGUCGGAUAAUGGGUUAGCGUUGAUGAAAUUCCUCCGUGAGGUAGAAUUUUAUGCGAAAUCGGAGAAGAUGUCGAAUAAGGAUUUAUUUCAGUCCGCGAUUCACCUGUUUAACGGCGCCGCGAAAACAUGGUUCAUGACAGGCUUUGAUAACGAGGACUUCACCUCGUGGGAAGAGCUAAAAGAGGAGCUUAAGAAGGAAUUCUUAAGCCCCGACCACGAUCAUUCCACUGAAAUACGGGCGAUCGCAAGAAAGCAGGGACCCCGCGAGACAUUCCAUGAUUAUUUCUUAGAAUUGCAAAAAAUCUUUAACUCAUUAACCAAACCAAUGACAGAGCGACGGAAAUUUGAAAUCGUAUUCCGGAACAUGCGCGCGGACUACAAAGGCCACGCGGUGUCCUCAGAAAUUGAUAAUUUGGCCGAUUUGAAAAAGUUCGGCAGGCGUUUGGAUGCGACAUAUUGGUUCAAAUACCAAAACUCGUCGAACGAUUCCACUAACACGCGCGGAAAACCUUCUCAAGUGAAUGAAAUCGCUGCGGGCGCGAAGCAAAAACCGAAAACGAAAAAUGAACCCGGGAAGCAGAGAUCGCGAACAUUUCACAAUUCGUCAUUCCCUGCUCGUGGGUCGGAUAAUGACGAGAAACCCGAUGAGAAACCGCCGCGAAAAACAGCUGAAACCGGGGCGCGACCGAAAGAACGAGGUGGUUCUCCAACUCCUCCUCAGCAUAAUCAAGCUCCUCCCAAGUAUUGUUUGAAUUGUCGCGCCAAAGGACAUCACGCACGGGAUUGUGAUCGUCCGAGACAAAAAUGUUGUCAGAAGUGUGGUUUCUACAACGUGGACACAGCCUCAUGCCCAAAUUGUGCAAAAAACGAAUUGAAAACUGUCGCAGAGGGCCGACAGUUCAACCAAAACUGAAGUCCCUUAACAACCUAGUCGAUGUUCCGGAUGCCCUUCGAAGUAAAGGGUAUGAUAGGGUGUCGCCAUCUGAAUAUGUCCAUACGCACCACUACCAGGUGAAUGAAACUAUAAUUAGCCUGGAAAAUGACGAUAGACCAUAUGUUAAAAUUUCCGUUUUCGAAACUCCCCUCCUAGGCUUGUUGGACAGUGGAGCCCAUCUAAGCAUAUUGGGAAUGGGAGCCCUAAAUUUCAUACGCAAGUGUGGCCUGACAAUCUUUCCCACAGAUGUGACUCUCCGAACCGCGAGCGGAGAAGAUUUGGGAGUCACUGGCCUAGUCUACCUGCCAAUUACUUUUAAUAGGACUACUAAAAUUAUUGACACAUUAGUGGUUCCUUCGCUAAAAAGGAGAAUUCUGUUAGGAAUCAACUUUUGGCGGGCUUUUGAAAUCCAUCCCACAGUGGGUGAAUUUCAAGUGGAAGAAGUAAUAUCCGAAGAUAGGGAGACGUUAGAUCCUCCUACCCUCGAGGAAAUAGAAUUGGAGUUAACCGAGGAGCAGUUAGCUCGCUUGGAUAUUGUUAAAUCCCAAUUUAAGGCAGCCACUGAUGGAAUUCUAGACACCACAUCCUGGAUUAGCCAUCGAAUUGAGCUCACGGAGGAGGCCAAAAAACUUUCACCGGCGAGGGUUAAUCCAUUUCCUAUUUCGCCAAAGAAGCAAGAGCAGAUCAACGAAGAGUUGGACAGAAUGUUGGAGGCGAAAAUUAUUGAAAAAUCCUACAGUGACUGGGCUUUACGUCUUGUCCCGGUAGAGAAAACGGACGGGUCGGUACGCCUUUGCCUAGAUGCCCGAAAACUAAACGAACGUACGGUAAGGGACUCCUAUCCCCUCCCACACGCGGACCGUAUCUUAAGCAGACUAGGACAUGCGAACUUCAUAUCCACUAUAGACCUCUCAAAAGCUUUCUUACAAGUCCCUCUGCACCCUAGAUCUCGAAAGUAUACGGCGUUCUCCGUGUUGGGCAGGGGAUUGUUCCAGUUCACCCGCAUGCCCUUCGGCCUGGUCAACAGCCCAGCGACUCUAUCGCGAUUGAUGGAUCGUGUGUUGGGUGCGGGUGAGCUGGAACCAAAUGUAUUCGUCUAUCUUGACGAUAUAAUUGUCGUUAGCGAAACAUUUGAGGAGCACCUGGCCCUUCUUCAGGAGGUGGCUGCCCGGCUUAGAGCGGCUAAUCUGUCGAUCAACAUAGAUAAAUCCCAUUUCUGUGUGCCCGAGGUAACUUACCUAGGCUACAUUCUAGGCCGCAACGGUCUAAGA